AUGGAUCCCGGUUACUUUGACGUAGAAAGGAAGCAAAACCCACGGGAAAAUGCUAACUUAAUCUCAAAAGCAUGUUUUUGGUACACUCGUCAAAUUUUCGCGAAGGGGCGAAAAGGACAGCUCAAUAUAUCAAACAUGUACAGAUGUACACCGGGACAUCGAGCAGCGCCGCGGGGCGACGUUAUUGGCGAAAAAUGGAAAGAAGAAGUAGGAAAACAAGGGAAAGGCAAGAAGCCAUUAUUAAUCAAUGCCAUAACGAAAAUAUAUGGAGUGAAAUUUCUACUGUUUAAUUUAAUUUUCGCAAUUUUUGACUGCAGUAUUAGGUUAUCAAUACCAAUGUGCCUUGAAGGACUGAUAAAUUAUUUCUCGCCGUCUCACGCGGGCAUAAAGACGUAUGAGGCGUAUUUAUACGCGCUAGGUGUAGUAGGUUUUAUGGCAAUUAAUGCGACUAUGAUGCAUCCAAUGUUGCUGUUUCUAUUGGAUAUGGCGAUGAAAAUAAGAGUGGCUUGUUGUUCACUUAUAUAUAGGAAGCUCCUCCGCUUAGAUUUAACAGCUGGUGGGAAGGCCUCAGAAGGGCUGGCAGGUCACGUGAUCAAUCUUUUAACAACAGAUGCCCAAAGAUUCGAUAUGGCGAGUCUCUUUAUGGUGGACCUCAUAAGGACUCCCAUAGAGAGCGUCAUAAUAAUAUACCUGAUGUACAGACAGAUUGGUGUCGCUACGUUCAUAGGCGUGGCGUUUCUGUUGAUGUUUAUACCUUUACAGGGAUACCUCGGUAAGAUCUCAUCUAGGUUACGUCAUCAAACGACCAUACGGACAGACAAUCGUAUUAGACUGAUGAAUGAAGUGAUACAGAGUAUAGAAGCUAUUAAAAUGUACGCGUGGGAGAGUGCCUUUGCCGGUAUCAUUGGUCAGGCGAGAAGGAAAGAAAUGAAUAUAAUAAAAAAAAUGUCAUGGCUCCGAGCUGUCAUGAUAUCGUGUGUCAAAUUGAACACCAAAGUUGCCAUUUUCUUGAGCAUAAUCUCCUUCAUAGCGUUCAAAAACGAACUGACUGCUGCUAAAGUGUUUGUGAUUUUCUCAUAUUACGACAUUUUGAAGUAUUCUUUGGUAGAUUUCUUGCCAUUGGCCAUCACAUUUACGUUAGAAGCGUAUGUUAGUGUGAAGAGGAUGCAAGAGUUUCUUCUUUUACCGGAAGUGGAUAAUCAAGAUGGCGUGGAUUUGGUUAAAAUUGAUGAAGUGAAAGCUAAUGGAGUGUUCGAGAAAAUUGGCAAUGGCCAACAAGCCUUCAUCAAAUCGGAAACGAACCUAGAAAACCUGAAACCAUCAGUUUUAGUGAGUCUCAAAGACUAUACAGCACAUUGGAAAAGUGAAAAUAAGGAAGAUAAUAAAGUACCCGCUUUAAGUGAUAUUAAUUUAAAUAUAAAACCAGAAUCCCUAACAACAAUAGUAGGCUCAGUGGGAUCUGGCAAGAGCACUCUCCUCCUAGCAAUGCUAAGAGAAAUCUCUCCGUCCGCCGGACACCUCUCCGUGCGCGGCAUUCUGGCCUACGCUUCCCAGGACCCUUGGCUUUUUGAGGCAUCGGUAAGACAGAACAUUCUGUUCGGCCAAGAGCUCGAUCUUCGAAGAUACAAGCAAGUGAUCAAGUGCUGUCAGUUACGCAGCGACCUCGAUAUACUGCCGCAUGGGGACAAGACGAUAGUUGGGGAGAGAGGAGCAUCUCUGUCGGGCGGCCAGAGAGCGCGCAUAUCGCUCGCGCGUUGCGUGUAUCAGCACGCGGAUGUUUACUUGUUGGACGACCCCCUCGCUGCUGUCGAUGCUAAGGUAGCGCAAGCGAUCUAUGAAGAGUGCGUGCGCGGUUUCCUGCGCGACAAAGCGACGGUGCUCGUGACGCACCACGUGCAGUACGCGCGGCACGCCGCCAACGUGUGCGUUAUGAGAUCCGGCAAAAUAGUAGCUCAAGGGACGUAUCAUGAGCUUAAAAAUGGCGUCACAGAGUUUGAAAAAUUGAUAGAAAUGGGUGAAAAGGUGGAAGAGGAAAAGUUAAAGAAAGCUGCAACUUUUGAAAAAGUGGAGACAAUUGAACACAAUCAGAAACUCCGUUCUCAAAGAUCUAUGUCUGAAGUGUCUCAGUUGUCAUUUAAUAUGGAUUUAGAUAACAAUUUGAGUCCUAAGUACGAAGGUGAAACUCAAAACAAAGGUUCUGUAGAUUUUGCUGUCUAUUUGAACUACAUAAAGAGUGGUGGAGGAUCUCUAACAAUAAUUCUCCUAUGUAGUUUGUUCAUAUUGGCGCAAAUAUUUUAUUCAUCUACGGAUAUUUGGUUGAAAGAAUGGGUAAACAUGGAGGAAGCAAACAGUGCUCAGAGUGUAGCCAGUAGAAAUGCAUCAGCGAAUGACACACCACCAUUAACGUUCGAAGAGCUGCCCUCAAACUAUUUCCAUCUCACACGUGAGCAGUGCGUCUAUAUAUAUGCAUCUCUCAUACUCGUCUGUAUGUUCUUCACCUGGAAUAAACUCCUUGUGUUCUACAAUACAUGUAUUAGAGCCUCCGUAGCGCUGCACGAUUGUAUGUUCCGGGGUGUGACAAACGCGCCCAUGUGGUUCUUCUACCACAACCCUUCAGGUCGGAUACUCAACAGAUUCUCAAAGGACAUGGGUCAAGUAGAUACCCUGUUGCCUGUCGCUCUAGUGGACUGUUUAGGGUUCUUUCUAGAAGUAAUCGCGAUAUUAGUGGUGGUGUGUUUAGUGAACUGGUGGCUUCUUCUACCGACUGCUGUAGUAGCUGUUCUUCUUCAUUUGCUACGGUCUUUAUUCUUGAAUACGAGUAGAGAGUUGAAGAGGAUUGAAGCUAUUGCUCGAAGCCAAAGCCUCAACCAUGCAGCAGCAACCGUAUCUGGUCUCUCAACGAUAAGGUCGACUCGGGAACAGCAACGCACUCUAGCCCAGGAGUUCGACAAGCUGCAGGACCUGCACUCGUCCUCCUGGACGCUGGUGCUCUGUACGAAUAGAGCCUUCGGCUUCUGGAUGGACAUGGUCUGCUGUUUGUACCUGGCCAUCGUCACUUUCAGUUUCUUCUUCUUUGUUGGACAAGAUACAAUGGGCGGGAACGUCGGUCUGGCCAUUACACAAGUGAUCGGUUUGGUCGGAAUGUGUCAGUAUGGAAUGCGGCAGACGGCUGAAGUUGAAAACCAGAUGACUUCUGUGGAGAGAAUAAUGGAGUACACAAACCUACCCGCAGAGAAACCCGUGGAACCUGACAUGAAGGCGAUAAAACUUCAACAUCCAAAUCUUGAUUUUGAACAAUGGCCUAACCAGGGUGAAAUAGUAUUCGAAGACGUAUCCCUAGAAUACGAGAGGCCUCCCAAAAACGAUCAACCAUCCGAAUCCGGGAUAAAGUUAGAUGAGCCUAACUACGCUAUCCGCGGGGUGAACUUCACCAUACGUCCCGGGGAGAAGGUGGCCGUGGUGGGAAGGACCGGUGCUGGUAAAAGCUCGUUGAUUGCUGCACUGUUUAGACUAAGUAAGAUCUCCGGACGUGUGACAGUAGACGGUGUAACAGCAGAUCAAGCUGGUCUAAGAAGAUGGCGCUCUCGUCUCUGCGCUUUGCCUCAGCGUCCUGCGCUAUUUGCAUCCUCUCUGCGGGAUAACCUCGAUCCCGAGGGAAUGUACAGUGACGCGCAGAUACAUGCUGCUUUGCAGGAGGUGGAACUCAAUAAAACAAUAGAAUCGUUAGCAGCAGGACUAUCCUCGAAAGUCGGUGACGGAGGAGGUAACUGGUCCAGUGGGCAAAGGCAGCUGCUGUGUCUUGCUCGAGCCGUGCUCGCGCGCCGCGCCGUGCUCGUGCUGGACGAGGCUACUGCUAAUGUGGAUACUGAGACAGACAAACAUAUUCAGAACACGAUACGGACGAAGUUCGCAGACUCCACGGUGUUGACGAUCGCGCACAGACUCAACACCGUCAUGGACUACGAUCGGGUCAUCGUUAUGGACAAGGGUCGUGUGGUAGAAUCCGGACAUCCCUUCGAGCUGCUAACAGCAGCUCAGACCAAGUUAGAUCAAAGAGCAGAGAAUAGAAGACCUCUCCUUACGAAAACUCAGGCACCUUUAGCGAUACCAGAAAACUUUACGUUCGAGUCUCGCCACGAAGAACCCGACACGUUCGUGCCGAGGGACAGAAUUAGAACUUAUUCAAAUAGAUCGGAAGUAAGUGAAAUAGAAGGCGGUAUCUUCAAGACGUUAGUGGAACAGACUGGCGCUGAAACGGCCAGACUGCUGUACUCUAUGGCUGAGGAGAGUUACAAAAGAAUGUUGGCUAAGAAGAAUUCC